CAAAAUCAAACUAAUAGGUGAAUACGGAGACGUGUGUGAAGUUUUCUUGUCGUAAUUAAGGUCGAAAUGGGAAAAGACUAUUACACGACGCUGGAAAUUAACCGAAAUGCAUCCGACCUCGACAUUAAAAACUCGUAUCGUCGCCUAGCACUGAAAUAUCAUCCACAAAACAACAGCGAGCCUGGUGCAUAUGAGAAGUUCAAGCACGUUUCUGAAGCUUAUGAUGUUCUGAGUGACCCUCGGAAAAAGGCCACGUACGAUAAGUUUGGAGAGGAGGGCCUUAAAGGUGGAAUACCUCCAGAGUCCGCGGCGAGCGGGGCAUGGUCAUCGGCAUACACCUACCAUGAAAAUCCUGAGAAAACAUUCCAACAGUUUUUCGGUGGAGAUAAUCCUUUCGCCGAUUUCCACACCACAGACCAGGACCUCAGUUUCGGAGGCCUCCGUGGGUGUGAGGUGAAAACACAGGAUCAAUCUAUUAAACGUGACUUGCAUUUAUCCCUAGAGGACCUUUUCCACGGAUGCAUCAAAAAGAUAAAGAUAUCCAGACGUGUGAUGAAUGAAGAUGGACAGACAUCUAGCAUUAAAGACAAGAUUUUAACCAUCACGGUAAAACCAGGCUGGAAGGAAGGAACACGAAUUACAUUCCCUAAAGAAGGUGAUCAGGGGCCAAACAGCAUUCCAGCAGAUAUCGUUUUCAUCGUCUGCCAAAAGCCCCACCCCCUGUUUGCUCGUCAGAAUAACGACUUGAUUUACACAGAAAACAUAUCACUCGAGAAGGCACUGACUGGGUUUUCAGUGGAGAUAGAGACACUAGAUGGCAGACUUCUCAACGUUCCCAUCAAUGACAUUGUGUGUCCACAGUACAGCAAGUUGGUGCCAGGAGAAGGAAUGCCUUUACCCAACAACCCAGCUGAACGUGGAGAUCUAAUCAUCCAGUUUAAGACACACUUUCCACAGAAGCUCUCGCCUGAGAAGAAACUGCUUAUUAAGCAAGCUCUUGCCAUGUGAAUCACCUUCAUGAAACUGAGAUUGUUACCCACUUCUCCAUUUUCACGUCAUGUUGCAGAUGUGUUGUGUUCCCAUAAAAGUACU